AUGGGGUCCUGCGGGAUCCGGGAGGAUCCUGUAGGAGUCAGGUGGGACUUUCAAGGGAUUUCUCAGGACUCCUGAAGACUCCCGUGGGACUUCUGUUGAGGUUUCGAGUCCUGCGGGAGUCCAACGAAAGUCCUCAGAAUACUCAAAGCCCCACGGGAGUCUUCAGGAGUCCUGAGAAAUCCCUUGAAAGUCCCACCUGACUCCUACAGGAUCCUCCAGGAUCCCGCAGGACCCCGUGACAGG